AUGGACGCGAUGUCUGACGACGACACAUACGAGAUCCCACUGCAAGAGCAAAGAGUAUUUGGAGCAGGUAUCAAACGCAAAAGAGUAAAGUUUGUCCCUUCAGCGGCUUCCUCUCCAGCCACUCAUAUCUCGAGCGGAGCUUCUGCCACGUCAGUCAGCGCUUUCUAUCUCAACUUAGUACUACCAUCUGGGGAUGAGACUUCAAAGGAAGCUUCACCUGCCCCUGUAUCACAGUCCAGAACACCGAACCUUUCCGAAAGCUCACAACAGUCUCGAUCAGAACAGCUCGAACCACAGAUUUGCGAGAUCUGCAACCUGCCUCUCACAAGCACCCCAAAUGGCAGAGCUGCCGAAGAGACAUCCGAAGCAAGGGAUGUGCUAGCCAAGCUUCGACCUCACGAGGCAUCGUUGGCACACCAAGUCUGUCUUACCCAUUCUCACCCGCCAUCACACCUAGAUCGGAACCGAAAAGGACUCGCAUAUCUUUCAAGCUAUGGAUGGGAUCCCGAUGCCAGGGUUGGGCUUGGAGCGUCGGGACAAGGUAUUCAAUAUCCAAUAAAACCAAAGCCGAAAGAUGACAAGCUGGGAAUUGGUGUGGUUUUACCAAAGGAGGCUGACAGGAGGAAGAAGGAGAAAGUCGAGAAAUUGGAUGCCGGGAAAGUCAGGAAGUUACACGAGAAAGACAAGAAGAAGGCUGAAAGACUGAGAGAGAUGUUCUACAGAAAUGACGACGUUGAGCAAUACCUACGGGGAGGAUGA